AUGCGCUUCUCCCUCCUCACCCUCGGUCUUGCUGGCCUCGCGGCUGCCAAGCCCAAGUGCACCGGCCUCAAUGCGGCCAUUCGUGCCCAGGGCAAGGAGCACGUCGGCUCGGCCCUGACGCUUCGCGAUGAGCCCCUCGAGAACGCAAUCCUCGAGAGCGACCUCGAGAUCGGCGCCGUCACCCCCGAGAAUGCUCUCAAGUGGGCCUACACCGAGCCUGCGCGCGGCGCCUUCGAGUGGGCUGAUGCCGACCGCCACGUCAACUGGGCCGUCGAGCACGGCAAGGACCUGAGAUGCCACGCCCUCGUGUGGCACAGCCAGCUCGCCCCUUGGGUCUCCGAGGGUGGCUUCGACAACGCCACACUCAUCCAGAUCAUGGAGGACCACAUCAACGGCGUCGCUGGCCGUUACAAGGGCAAGUGCAGACACUGGGACGUGGUCAACGAAGCCCUCGAAGAAGACGGCUCGUAUCGCAAGAGUGUCUUCUACAACACCAUCGGCGAGGCCUACAUCCCCAUCGCCUUUGCCCUUGCCGCCAAGGCCGACCCUCACGCUCGUCUUUGGUACAACGACUACAACCUCGAGUACAACGAGGCCAAGACGGCUGCUGCCGCUCGCAUCGUCAAGCUCGUCCAGUCCUACGGCGUACGCAUUGACGGCGUCGGUCUUCAGGGCCACCUUGUCGUUGAGGAGACUCCCACUCAAUCUGUGGCCACUCCGGACCAGAAUACCCUGGAAGGUGCUCUCCGACAGUUCACCGACCUCGAGGUGGAUGUCGAGUACACUGAAAUUGACAUCCGCAUGAAUACCCCCGCCACGCCCGCCAAGCUCGAGGAGCAGGCUCGCCAGUACGAGCGCGUCCUCGCCUCUUGCAUGUCCAACGACCGGUGUAUCGGUGUUACCCUCUGGGGCAUCUCGGACAAGUACUCUUGGAUCCCUUAUACCUUUGACGGCGAAGGUGCGGCGCUUGCCUGGGACGAUGAGUACAACAAGAAGCCUGCUUACAAGGGCAUUCUUCGGGGCAUCACUUCUGCGUGA